CAGCUCGCGGGGAAACACUGGUGUGUUGGUGGGAGAAAUACGAGGCUGAGCUUUGCAGUGACAGGGGGAGAAGAGAGGAGGAACAGAGAUAGAAAGAGAGAGGAGAGGAGGAACAGAGACAGAAAAGAGAGAGGAGAGAGAGAAAAGCCAGCACGAGGAGGUAGUGAUUGUGGGAUAUCAGGUGGCUCGUGACAACACAAGCGUCACCGGGAACAUCCAGACGCGGCAAUGAACGAAGUGAACCGGACUCGCCUGGACACUGACGGGGGGCGGGAUAUUUCCUCCCCGCGCCAAAGACCAAGAUCGCCCAACCCUAAGAACUGUGUGACGAUCGUGGUGUCGUCGCGCGUGCUCUUCAGCAUGGACGUGGAGCAGCAGAUCUACGAGCAGAAGGGGAUGGAGGAGUAUCUGGCCUACCAGCAGGAGCACGAGAUGGAACCCCUCCAACCAGGCCCUGCUUUCCCCUUCAUCAAGGCGAUAGAAACGGUGAACUCUCGGCUUAGGGAGCUCUACCCGGACAGCGAGGAGUUGUUUGACGUCGUUCUGAUGACCAACAACCACGCUAACGUCGGCCUCCGCCUCAUCAACUCCAUCAAUCAUCACAGUCUGUUUAUAGAGAGGUUCUGUAUGACCGGGGGGAACAGUCCUAUUGGUUACCUGAAGGCCUAUCACACCAACCUCUAUCUGUCAGCAGAUGCAUACAAGGUCCGAGAGGCUCUAGACGAAGGCAUUGCGGCGGCGACCGUGUUCACCCCUGAGAAGGUGGUGGAGGUGAGUGAGGCGGAGCUGCGUGUGGCGUUCGACGGGGACGCUGUGCUCUUCGACGACGAGUCGGAGCGCAUCUAUAAAGCUCACGGACUCGACAAGUUCUUUGAGCACGAGAAAGCACUGGCAGACAAGCCACUAGAUCAUGGGCCGCUGAAGGGCUUCCUGGAGUCGCUGGGGAAGCUGCAGAGGAAGUUCUACGCCAAGGGCCUGCGUCUAGGCUGCCCGAUCCGCACCUACCUGGUCACGGCUCGCAGCGCGGCCAGCUCGGGCACGCGGGCGCUCAAGACGCUGCGCUCCUGGGGCCUGGAGAUCGACGAGGCGCUGUUCCUGGCCGGCGCUCCCAAGGGCCCCCUGCUGGACAAGAUCCGCCCGCACAUCUUUUUCGACGACCAGAUGUUCCACGUCCAGGGGGCCAGUCGCAUGGGGACAGUAGCCGCACACGUGCCCUACGGCAUCACCCAGAAAGUGACCCACAAACCCUCCAUAUCCAACACCGCCGCCAAGUAGCACACACACACACACACACACAC